AAUUGGUUAAUAAAAUGUAGCAGAUUGGAGGGAAAAAUUGUAAUAAUAACAGGUGGAGCGAGCGGGAUAGGCGCCGAAGCAGCGAGGCUGUUCACGGAACACGGUGCUCGUGUGGUGAUUACGGACGUACAAGACAAACUCGGUAGAAAGGUUGCCGUCUCGAUAGGAAAAGACAAAGUUAGCUACGUCCACUGUGAUGUCCGAGAGGAGACUGAGGUCGAAAACGCCAUCAAGUUCACCGUCGAGAAACACGGCAGGAUCGACGUUCUUUUCAGCAACGCCGGCAUACCGGAGCCGCUGCUAGACAUCCGCGACCUCAACCUCGAGGCGUUCGACAGAGUCAUGGCCGUUAACGUCCGUGGCGCGGCGGCGUUCAUAAAGCACGGGGCACGUGCCAUGGUUGAGAAAAAGACACGUGGGUCAAUAGUGUGCACCACAAGCGUCGCGUCGGUGAUCGCUGGGACGGUGGUGCCGCACGGGUACACGGCGUCGAAACAUGCGCUCGUGGGUUUGAUAAGAUCAGCCGCUGGUGACUUGGGGAAACAUGGGAUCAGAGUCAACGGUGUUGCGCCGUUUGGGGUGGCGACGCCGUUGGUGUGCGAGGGUUACAAGAAGGAGGCGAGUGAGAUAGAGGAGAUCUUUAGCGAAACAGCGAAUCUCAAGGGCAUUGUGCUCAAGGCUCGACAUGUUGCGGAUGCUGCUUUGUUUCUCGCCUCUGAUGACUCUGCUUACGUUAGUGGGCAUAACCUCCUCGUCGACGGUGGAUUCAGCGUCGUUAAGAAUUAAACCAUCUUGGUCUUGGACUUAACACGGACUAUACCGCAACUUAUCAUCACACUUUUGGCUUUUUUUUCUUUUAAAUAAUUGAAGACUUUCAUCUCUCUCUUUUUUUCUUUUUUUUGUCAAGAAGACUUUCAUCUCAAUUUUUGAAGUUGUUUAUUGUUUUGUUCUUUUUACUAAAUGAAAC